AUGUGACUCUAUCAUUUGUCCAUAGAACUCCCUAUUCCUUCUCUUCUGACCUUAAAACAUUUGCAACAUAACAAAAGCAAUCAUGUCGGCCAAGGAUUGCGGCCACCACGACGAAGACCGGAAAAAGUUCUAUCGCCACCUCUUGGCCAUCUUCCUUGCAUUCAUCAUCCUCGUCCUCUUCAUCAUCCUCCUUGUCUGGCUCAUCUUGCGGCCGACAAAACCCCAUUUCAUCCUCCAAGACGCCACUGUCUAUGCCUUCAAUGUCUCGACUCUAAACGCCCUCACUUCUAACAUCCAAAUCACCAUUUCUUCGAGAAAUCCUAAUGAUAAAAUCGGCAUAUACUAUGAUAAAGUCGAUGUAUACGCCUCGUACCAUGGCCAACAAAUAACCCUACCCACAUUGCUUCCUUCUACGUACCAAGGACACAAAGACAUCAUAGUUUGGUCUCCAUUUCUGUAUGGAAAUGCAGUUCCCAUUGCACCAUUUCUAACCGUUGCUUUGAAUCAAGAUCAGCUAGCAGGAACGGUGUUGAUCGACAUUAGGAUUGAUGGACGUAUAAGAUGGAAAGUUGGCACUUUCACUUCUGGGAGAUAUCAUUUGUAUGUGAAUUGUCCUGCUUACAUAAAUUUUGGCAAUAAAAACAGUGGCAUUGCUGUUGGAUCAGCUAUAAAGUAUCAACUGGUGAUGGAUUGCCAUGUUGAUGUUUGAAGAGUGGCGGGUCAUAAAAUUGGAGAGAGGCUCCGUGAAAUAGGUAAUGUCAGUGAAGACGACGUAGACGAUUUUCACGUGGACAGAAAGACCUUAUGAAGCUUCACAGUUCACUUCUCAGUUUCUUUCUUUAUUUACUUUUGAAUAUAUUUUGGGUUUAAUUUGUAGUUUCUAAUGUUAUAAUGUUCUAUUAUUUGAUAUCCUCGAAGAAACUAUGUAGUAAUUUGCAAUAUAUGAUGUUAAGAAAGGUGCAAGAAGUUGUCAAGAAUUUUCAUAAUUAUGAUAUAUUUUGAGCUUGAAUCA